AUGUCUUUGUUUAGGUAUCCAAAGUACAAGUCUUUGUUUGCUACUGCCUUUGGUUCUGGGACCCAGCUAUUUGCUCUAACACUUUUUAUCUUCAUACUCGCACUUGUGGGUGUAUUUUAUCCAUAUAAUCGAGGAGCUCUAUUCACUGCAUUGGUUGUUAUAUAUGCUCUUACUUCUGGGAUUGCAGGCUACACUGCAUCCUCUUUCUACCACCAGCUAGAAGGAAGCAACUGGGUGAGAAACCUGUUAUUAAUCGAAUGCCUCUUUUGUAGGCCCCUCUUUCUUACCUUCUGCUUCCUAAACACGGUUGCAAUCGCAUACACAACCACAGCUGCACUACCUUUUGGGACAAUUGUAGUGAUUGUUUUAAUAUGGAGUUUGGUGACAUCACCUUUACUGGUUCUCGGGGGUAUUGCUGGAAAAAAUAGCAAAGUUGAAUUCUAA